AAGAGCUUCUGUGUAUAUUUUGCAUAGAUUCAUCAGAUCCUAGCCCCACACCACCACCACAAAGGAAAAAGAGGAAGAAGAGAAAAAAGCAAAUACACUACUCACUCUUCCUUCUUCUUCUUCCCCUUACUCACUCUCAUCCCUUAUCUCUUCCAUACCACCAAACCUAUGUCAAAUUCUCCAUUGCUUCUGCUUUUGCUUUUCAAGAAAAUAUAGAACAAACCCAUUUUCUCUAAGAGUGAAACAAUCGGAUCUGAAGGCAACGAUUGAGGAAAGCUUUUUGCUUUAAUUAAGGUUCAUUGGAACGGUUGUGUUUUUAAUUCAAAACACUGUUCCUAAGCCUAAGACUUGAGCAUUCAACAUUUGAAACUGUUUUGUUCUAGCUUCCAUUAUGCAGAAGAUGCAGAGACCGCCGCCGGAAGAUUUUCUGUUGAAGGAGACCAAGCCCCACCUUGGAGGGGGGAAGGUCUCCGGUGACAAGCAUACUAGCACCUAUGAUCUUGUUGAGCAAAUGCAGUACCUUUAUGUGAGGGUUGUGAAGGCUAAGGAUUUGCCUUCCAAGGAUGUCACUGGAAGCUGUGAUCCUUAUGUUGAAGUCAAGCUGGGAAACUACAAAGGCACAACCCGGCACUUUGAGAAGAAGACUAAUCCUGAAUGGAGCCAGGUUUUCGCUUUCUCCAAGGACAGGAUUCAGGCUUCAGUGCUUGAGGUUACUGUGAAAGAUAAGGAUUUCGUGAAGGAUGACUUCAUUGGUCGUGUUUGGUUUGACCUCAAUGAGAUCCCAAAGAGGGUUCCGCCUGACAGCCCUCUCGCGCCGCAGUGGUAUAGGCUGGAGGAGAGAAAGGGCGAUAAGGCGAGGGGGGAGCUGAUGCUUGCUGUUUGGAUGGGGACACAAGCUGAUGAAGCGUUUCCUGAGGCGUGGCACUCGGAUGCUGCAACAGUUAGUGGGACUGAUGCUCUUGCUAACAUUCGGUCGAAGGUGUAUCUAUCUCCUAAGCUUUGGUAUUUGAGGGUUAAUGUGAUAGAGGCACAGGACUUGCAGCCAAGUGACAAGGGAAGAUUCCCGGAGGUUUUUGUGAAGGCUAUUCUGGGAAAUCAGACCUUGAGGACCAGAAUCUCUCAGAGCAGGACUAUCAAUCCAAUGUGGAAUGAGGAUUUGAUGUUUGUCGCUGCGGAACCAUUUGAGGAGCCGCUGAUUUUGAGCGUGGAAGACAGAGUUGCCCCUAACAAAGAGGAAAUGCUGGGAAGGUGCGCAAUUCCUUUACACCUAAUGGACAGGAGAUUGGAUCACAAACCUGUGAAUACUAGAUGGUUUAAUCUUGAGAAGCAUGUUAUUAUCAUGGAAGGGGAAAAGAAGAAGGAAAUCAAGUUUGCGAGCAGGAUUCAUAUGAGGGUCUGUCUCGAAGGUGGUUAUCAUGUUUUGGAUGAAUCAACUCACUACAGCAGUGAUCUUCGCCCAACUGCAAAACAGCUCUGGAAGUCCAGCAUUGGAGUUCUUGAAUUGGGGAUAUUGAAUGCUCAGGGUUUGAUGCCAAUGAAGACAAAAGAUGGGAGGGGGACGACUGAUGCUUAUUGUGUAGCGAAAUAUGGGCAGAAGUGGGUGCGAACGAGGACCAUCAUUGAUAGCUUUACACCGAGGUGGAAUGAGCAGUACACUUGGGAGGUCUUUGAUCCUUGCACUGUCAUUACACUUGGUGUAUUUGAUAACUGUCAUUUGCACAAUGGCGACAAGCCUGGAGGGGCGAAAGAUUCAAGAAUUGGGAAGGUGCGAAUCCGUCUUUCCACACUUGAGACUGAUCGAGUCUAUACACAUUCCUAUCCUCUGCUAGUCCUUCAUCCAAAUGGGGUGAAGAAAAUGGGUGAGAUUCACUUGGCUGUAAGGUUUACUUGUUCUUCUUUGCUUAACAUGAUGCACAUGUAUUCACAUCCCUUGUUGCCAAAGAUGCAUUACAUUCACCCAUUGACUGUAAGCCAGCUUGACAGCUUGAGGCAUCAAGCUACUCAGAUUGUGUCAAUGAGACUGAGCCGCGCCGAGCCGCCAUUGAGAAAGGAGAUAGUGGAAUACAUGCUGGAUGUGGGUUCCCACAUGUGGAGCAUGAGACGAAGCAAGGCCAAUUUCUUCAGAAUCAUGGGAGUUUUGAGUGGACUAAUUGCUGUAGGGAAAUGGUUUGAUCAGAUCUGUAACUGGAAAAAUCCGAUCACAACGGUUCUGAUCCAUAUUCUGUUUAUAAUACUGGUCAUGUACCCUGAGCUUAUCUUACCCACAAUAUUCCUUUACCUCUUCUUGAUUGGAGUUUGGUACUACAGAUGGAGGCCAAGGCACCCUCCUCACAUGGACACACGCCUCUCGCAUGCGGAUUCUGCGCACCCAGAUGAGCUUGAUGAGGAGUUCGACACAUUCCCUACCAGCAGGCCUUCUGAUAUUGUGAGGAUGAGAUACGACAGGCUUAGGAGCAUUGCUGGGAGGAUUCAGACUGUGGUUGGAGAUUUGGCCACUCAAGGGGAGAGGUUGCAGUCUUUGCUCAGCUGGAGAGAUCCAAGAGCCACUGCACUGUUUGUGAUUUUCUGUUUGGUUGCUGCCAUUGUUCUCUAUGUCACACCAUUCCAAGUUGUGGCACUUCUCACUGGAAUUUAUGUGUUGCGACAUCCGAGGUUCCGCCAUAAGCUUCCUUCUGUGCCGCUGAAUUUCUUCAGGAGGCUGCCUGCAAGAACUGACUGCAUGCUUUGAGCCUCAACCCUGCAUUUUAAGGCCACAUGGAAAAUGAUGAAACAAAUGGAGCUUGCUUUUACUUUCAUUGUUCUUGCUGUUCAUUAUGUCAUAGGAUUUUAAUGUUUUGAACUUCAUGGUUCUUGCUGUUCAUUGUUCUUGUUAAAUUUGUAAUUUUGUAGGUUGUGAGUUGAAAGUAACUUGUGCUUAUUCAACUUCAUGUUUCAUUAGUUGUAGUAAAUUUUCUCAAUGGAAGUUUGAACUAAUCACCUCAAACGAUGGAGGUGAUUGAUUAAUUUA